AGAAGGUGGUGGCAAGGCGCAUGCGCACCGCGGACACCGGAAGAGGAGGCGCGUAGCACGUGGCGAGGAGAGGUGAAGCAGCAGCAGUCGUAGCGCACACGUGGUCAUCAUGGCGCUCUACAACUUCAAGAAGAUCAUGGUGGUCCCUACCUCCAAGGACUUCAUAGAUAUAACGCUGUCCAAGACCCAGCGCAAGACGCCCACGGUCAUCCACCGCCACUACCAGAUCGCCCGCAUUCGCCAGUUCUACAUGCGCAAGAUCAAGUACACGCAGCAGAAUUACCAUGACAGGCUGAGCCAGAUCCUCACCGACUUCCCAAAAAUGGAUGAUGUGCAUCCAUUUUAUGCGGACCUCAUGAACGUUUUGUACGACAAAGAUCACUACAAAUUGGCACUGGGACAGAUCAACAUUGCGAAAAACCUCAUUGACAACGUGGCGAAGGACUACGUGCGCCUGCUUAAGUACGGGGACUCGCUGUACCGAUGUAAGCAACUCAAGCGAGCAGCCCUGGGCCGAAUGUGCACCAUCAUCAAGCGACAGACUCAGAGUCUGGAGUACCUGGAGCAAGUUCGUCAGCACUUGUCCCGUCUGCCAUCCAUCGACCCCAACACAAGAACUCUGCUACUGUGUGGUUACCCAAACGUUGGAAAGUCCAGCUUUAUCAACAAGAUCACACGCGCUGAUGUGGAGGUGCAGCCCUACGCCUUCACCACCAAGUCCCUGUUUGUGGGACACAUGGACUACAAGUACCUGCGCUGGCAGGUGGUGGACACGCCUGGCAUCCUGGACCAUCCGCUGGAGGAGCGGAACACCAUCGAGAUGCAGGCCAUCACAGCGCUGGCUCACCUGCGCGCCGCCGUGCUCUACGUGACCGACCCCUCGGAGCAGUGUGGCCACUCGCUCGAGCAGCAGCUGGAGCUCUUCAACAACAUCCGCCCGCUCUUUGCUAACAAGCCUCUCAUCAUCGUGUCCAACAAGUGCGAUGUCGUGCGUCUGUCUGAGCUGCCGGAGGACAAGAGGAAAGUCUUUGAGGACUUUGAGAAGGAGAAUAUUCUUGUGAUCGAGACGAGUACCCUAACUGAAGAAGGAGUCAUUAAAGUCAAAACCGAGGCGUGCGACCAGCUGCUGACCCAUCGUGUGGACGCCAAGAUGAAGGGAAAGAAGGUGAACGAUGUGCUCAACCGGCUGCACCUGGCCAUGCCCGCCAAGCGCGACGCCAAGGAGCGAUUGCCGUUCAUCCCAGAGGGGGCGCUGAAGAAACGUGAAAUGGAGACCAGCGCUCCGAAGCGCAGACUGGAGCGAGACUUGGAAAUGGAAAUGGGUGACGACUACAUCCUUGAAAUGCAAAAGCACUGGGAUGUAAAGGAGAGCGAGCGGUACGACAUUGUCCCCGAGUUGUGGGAAGGACACAACAUCGCCGACUUCGUGGACCCCGACAUCUUGAAGAAACUGGAUGAGCUGGAGCAGGAGGAGGGCCUGCGCGUGGCGGCGGGCGAGUAUGAGAGCGACGACGAGAGCGAGGACGAGGAGGCGCACCACAUCCGCACGCUCGCCGCACGAAUCCGCGAGAAGAAGCAGCUGCGCAUCAUCGAGUCGCGCCUCAAGGAGUCUGGCACCCACAUGCCCCGUACCGCCAAGAAGGUCGAGAGGAAGACGCUGGAGAAAGAGAUGACGGAGCUUGGAUUGGACAUGACUGACAAGGAUGGGGCCCACUACGCGACGCAGCGCUCGCGCAGCGUCACGCGCAAGCGCAAGCGUGGCGAGUCGGUGGAGUCCACUGCGCGGGUGCGCAGCCGCAGCAACUCCCGCCCCCCGCGUGACCAGUCGGGCGUGCGUGACCUGGAGAUGGCCAAGAAGGCGAAGUUAAUAAUGAAAAAGUCUCAGAAGCCGAUGGGACGCAAGGGCAGGAGAGGCGAGGGCGACCGACACAUCCCCGACCUCAAGCCCAAGCACCUGUUCACCGGCAAGCGUGGCAGCGGCACCAACGACCGUCGCUAAAGCUACCACACCACCCGGCCCCCGACGGCUGGCCCUCUCACCGCCCGCAUGACACCGCAGUGCUCACUGCUGGAUGCUGCGUGACAACUUGCUCCAGACAUCUUUUGAAUGUGGUGACCCAUUAUAUAUAUCUCUCGAUCCACCCAACGAUUAUUGCAUGUCGCAGGAUCGCGAGAGAUGGCGACGCAUUGGGAAGGCCAACGUCCAGCGGUGGGAUUGAUCGUGGCUGAUGAUGGCGAUGAUCCAUCCCACAUGGCACCAUACACCUGGACAGCUGUAGAUGGGAAGCAACUGCUUGGUGUUUGUUGUUUGUCUGGUGAAUGGCAUUGUUUAAACAGUUUUCUUUCCUGCCCACAGUCUCUAUGCUAAAGUUGUCUUAUUAUACAAGUAUGCCUUCUACAGGUUCACUUCAAGUGAAUUGUGUGAAGUUUCUCAUUUCUUAAAAUGUGGGGUAUGCAUCAGCUUGGUGUUCUGAAUAAACACAUGCAGUGUUUACUUCCGCAAGUCCUAUAUGGUUCGACUUGAAAGCGAAAUUGUCCUUUAAUAUCUUAUUUUGGAAUGCCUCCAAAUAUGUAACUACAAUGCAAGCCCCCCAUGAUACAUUGACACCGUUGUGUAUUUUACAGGCUGAAUGUGGUAAAAAUUUCUACAAGAAGUUUAUCCAUUAAAUAAUUUGCCACUGA